AUGCAGAUUUUCGUGAAGACUCUCACUGGCAAGACCAUCACUCUUGAUGUUGAGCCGUCAGACACUAUCGAGAACGUGAAGGCGAAGAUUCAGGACAAGGAAGGUAUUCCCCCUGAUCAGCAGCGUCUGAUUUUCGCCGGCAAGCAGUUGGAGGAUGGGAGAACUCUGUCUGACUACAACAUUCAGAAGGAGUCUACCCUUCAUUUGGUGCUGCGCCUGCGUGGAGGGAUGCAGAUUUUCGUGAAGACUCUCACUGGCAAGACCAUCACUCUUGAUGUUGAGCCGUCAGACACUAUCGAGAACGUGAAGGCGAAGAUCCAGGACAAGGAAGGUAUUCCCCCUGAUCAGCAGCGUCUGAUUUUCGCCGGCAAGCAGUUGGAGGAUGGGAGAACUCUGUCUGACUACAACAUUCAGAAGGAGUCUACCCUUCAUUUGGUGCUGCGCCUGCGUGGAGGGAUGCAGAUUUUCGUGAAGACUCUCACUGGCAAGACCAUCACUCUUGAUGUUGAGCCGUCAGACACUAUCGAGAACGUGAAGGCGAAGAUCCAGGACAAGGAAGGUAUUCCCCCUGAUCAGCAGCGUCUGAUUUUCGCCGGCAAGCAGUUGGAGGAUGGGAGAACUCUGUCCGACUACAACAUUCAGAAGGAGUCUACCCUUCAUUUGGUGCUGCGCCUGCGUGGAGGGAUGCAGAUUUUCGUGAAGACUCUCACUGGCAAGACCAUCACUCUUGAUGUUGAGCCGUCAGACACUAUCGAGAACGUGAAGGCGAAGAUCCAGGACAAGGAAGGUAUUCCCCCUGAUCAGCAGCGUCUGAUUUUCGCCGGCAAGCAGUUGGAGGAUGGGAGAACUCUGUCUGACUACAACAUUCAGAAGGAGUCUACCCUUCAUUUGGUGCUGCGCCUGCGUGGAGGGAUGCAGAUUUUCGUGAAGACUCUCACUGGCAAGACCAUCACUCUUGAUGUUGAGCCGUCAGACACUAUCGAGAACGUGAAGGCGAAGAUCCAGGACAAGGAAGGUAUUCCCCCUGAUCAGCAGCGUCUGAUUUUCGCCGGCAAGCAGUUGGAGGAUGGGAGAACUCUGUCUGACUACAACAUUCAGAAGGAGUCUACCCUUCAUUUGGUGCUGCGCCUGCGUGGAGGGAUGCAGAUUUUCGUGAAGACUCUCACUGGCAAGACCAUCACUCUUGAUGUUGAGCCGUCAGACACUAUCGAGAACGUGAAGGCGAAGAUCCAGGACAAGGAAGGUAUUCCCCCUGAUCAGCAGCGUCUGAUUUUCGCCGGCAAGCAGUUGGAGGAUGGGAGAACUCUGUCUGACUACAACAUUCAGAAGGAGUCUACCCUUCAUUUGGUGCUGCGCCUGCGUGGAGGGAUGCAGAUUUUCGUGAAGACUCUCACUGGCAAGACCAUCACUCUUGAUGUUGAGCCGUCAGACACUAUCGAGAACGUGAAGGCGAAGAUCCAGGACAAGGAAGGUAUUCCCCCUGAUCAGCAGCGUCUGAUUUUCGCCGGCAAGCAGUUGGAGGAUGGGAGAACUCUGUCUGACUACAACAUUCAGAAGGAGUCUACCCUUCAUUUGGUGCUGCGCCUGCGUGGCGGCGCGUCUAGAUAG